AUGGGCUACCACCACCUCCUACUCUCGCCGCCGGUGGCGCAGCCGCCCCGCCCCGCCCUUCUCCCUCCACCCCGCGGCCGCCGCGGCAGCGGCGCCGGGCGGGUGGCUACCGCAGUCUUUGCCUCGGCGUCUAGCGCCGCUCGUUCCCCCGCUGCGGACGACGCCACGCGGAGGAGGGCCGUGCUCCUCGUCGGCGUCUCGGUGCUCCCGCUCCUCCGCCUCCGCGACGCCGCCGCUGCGGCGGCCAGGGCGCAGCGCUCGUCGAUUGAUCUCGUCACUGGUCAGUAG